AUGAAUACCGGUUACGCAGUUGGUGACGCGCCGUCUAAAGAGGCGCACGCCCACGAGACCCGCGCGGCGUGCUGGCUGCCGGUACGGUGCUCUUCCCCGCCCAACCCGACGCCCGAGAGACUUCCUCCGGCGUCUCGGACAGCCCUGUGCCCCUCGCCGCUCGCCUCGCCGUCAGCCCCGGCCGCCUUCGUCGUCGCAGCCGGACCCCAGCUUGCGCCACGGCGCCAGGAGUCUCCCAGGAGAGCAGUCCACCCAUGCGGUCUGCCCUGGGACUCAACAGAAUCGGCCGCGCUCCACGCAAAAAGACGCCGUAAUUGUCACGUGCGUAAGGCUCACCGUCGCCCGCUGAAGUUGCAGUUUUCUUCGGACGGCCCAGGAAGGACCGGCUGAUUAGCUUUCGUGAAUACCUUGUGGACUGGAGAUGGCGGAAGAAGGGCGUCGCAAGUCGCUGCUGCCGCCCAUUCGGCGCCUCAGUGUGGGAGGAGAAAGAUCUGUAUCGUCCAGAGGCAAGGAAGAGCCCGGCUCGUCACACGCUCAAGAUGGACACGGCGUCGAAGCGGGAGCUGACUUGGAUGAAGAAAUGGAGAAGGUUUUCGCCAUGGCGGACGAAGAGAGAUUCGACGUGGCCAAACUUGCGGCGUCGCCGGACUCGACUGCCAGCAAAAGAAGUUUCGGCGAGAAGGAGUACGCCAUGCACCGCAAGAAAAGCUAUCCUCAUAUGCACAUGCCACUGAAGUCUAUUCAUUCUCGCUCUAUGAGAAAACGAGUUGGGUCUCCUCCCUCUGAGUCAGAAGGUGCUGACAUUUCCGGAGAGACUUCUCGGGGCUCACGCAAACCAUCCCAAACAGAAUCGGACUCGGCCGUGUCUCCUCCGGUUCUAUCCCCCUCUUUGGCUGAAGAAACUCCUACACGGGCUACUCUUUCUGGAACAGUAAGUCCCGAUGAUGAUCGGGACGAACCAACCCUUAUGAGCAGUGAAUCAGAGCCUCAAGUGUCAGAGAGAGCAGCUUCUUACAGUGAUAGUCCAAUCUUCGGAUCUCCUACUGAUGCUUCACGCCGAGUUCAGUUUCAGAUUGGAGAAAUUGCUGAGAAACCUGAAGGAGGAGAUGAUGAAGAUGAUGCGAACAAGGAACAAAAAGAUACAGUUGCUGAUGAAACUUCACCUCUGAAAGAACCUGAAAAAAAACCAAAGAGAAAGCACAGCCGACAUCAUCAUCAUCAUCACCAUAGAUCUCGAAAAUAUAGCUUGCAAGAAGACCCUCAGUGGAGGAUAAGAUCUGGUUCUGAAUUUGGUGUAAGCGAAACACGUCGAAUCAGUAUCCAACCUGAUGAAGGACCUGAUCUUCAAGAACAUGAUUUGGAUGACUUGGCCAGUCAUCGCUUUGAUGAUGCUAAAGGAUUGCGACGAUAUAAAAUUCAGGCCAAGUCAUCAUCAUCAUCUGUUAUUCAUAUUGGCCGUAAAGAUGGAACAGAGCCUUUGCAAUCAGUUUUACCUCUUCAAGCAUAUAAGAAGAUGUUUGACCAUAGUCCUCAUGAGGUGUUUGUGCAACUUGAUGAGCUUCAAGGAGAAGGAGAAGAGCGAGAAUGGAAGGAAACUGCAAGAUGGAUCAAGUAUGAGGAAGAUGUGGAGGAAGGUGCAGAUCGUUGGGGUCGACCUCAUGUUGCUUCUCUGAGCUUUCAUUCUCUUCUCAAUUUGAGGCGUUGCCUUGAGACUGGUGUGGUCUUAUUGGAUUUGGAAGAAAAAGAUUUACCUGGAGUGGCAUAUCGUGUGGUAGAACAAAUGGUUGUAGAAGAAUUAAUUGAUUCAGAAGAUAAGCCAACAGUAAUGCGAGCUCUCCUUCUUAGACAUAGACAUGUAAAUGAUCACGAUCGUUUUCGUUUUGGCAUGAAGAGGACAUUUUCCAGUUAUACCAGUUUACAGAAUUUAAAUGAUGACAAAGGGAAACCUAAGGUAGUUGCAUCUAUGUCAAGUAUGGACACAAUGACAGCUAGCAAGCUAAGUAAUAACAAUGCUGGUGGUGCAGAUGGUGAAAGUAAAUCAGAAAAUCAUGUGAUUGACGUUAAAGAGGAAUUGACCUAUACUUCUUCCAAUGAAGAUUUAAAGAGAGCUCAGAAAGAAAGUAUUUUGAAGAGGAUUCCAAUUGGUGCAGAAGCCACAACCGUCUUAGUUGGUGCUGUAGACUUUCUUGAGCAACCAACAAUUGCUUUUGUUCGGCUUGCAGAAGGCAUACUUAUGCCGUCAAUUACAGAGGUUACAAUUCCUGUUAGAUUCCUAUUCAUUCUAUUGGGACCCACCACUGCAGAUUUAGACUACCAUGAAAUUGGUAGAUCGAUCUCUACUCUAAUGUCAAAUUCUCAUUUCCAUAAAGUUGCAUACAAAGCAACUGAAAGACGAGAACUUCUUUCUGCAAUAAAUGAAUUUUUGGAUGACAGUAUUGUGCUUCCUCCUGGAGAUUGGGAACGGAAAGCUCUUCUUCCAUUUCGGGAACUUAAAGCAAAAAGUGAAAUGAUUCGAAAACGUAAAACUACACGAUUGCUUGAUCAAGAUGAAGCUAAAAAAGUUCUGCUUGCUCCAUCGGGGGAUGGAAAACCACCUCCAGACUUUGACCCUCUUCAAAGAACUAGGAAGCCUUUUGGAGGAUUGAUAAAUGAUGUGAAGAGGAGAUUUCCACAUUACCCUUCUGAUUUUACAGAUGGUUUCAAUUUGCAGUGUGUAGCAGCUGCAAUAUUUAUGUAUUUUGCUGCUCUAUCCGGAGCUAUUACCUUUGGAGGACUCAUGAGUGACAAAACUGAAAAUUUGAUUGGAAUAUCAGAAACCCUUUUAUCAACAGCUGCUGCUGGAAUCUUGUUUGCACUUCUAUCUGGCCAACCUUUGAUUAUAGUCGGUGCUACAGGUCCUCUACUUUUAUUUGAUGAAAGUUUAUAUAGUUUUUGCAUUCAAAAUAAAAUUGAUUUUUUGACUAUUCGUGUGUACAUUGGCAUUUGGCUUGGAGUAAUAGCCCUCUUCGUGGUGUUUUUUGAGGGCAGUGUGCUAGUGAAAUUGUUUACAAGAUUUACUGAAGAAAUAUUUGCAGCUCUCAUUUCAUUAUUGUACAUCGUGGAAAGUAUUAUGAAGCUUUGCAUGGUGUUUAAAACUCAUCCACUGUUAGAUGAUUAUUGUGAUGAAGAUGUUUUUGGUGCGGGUAUUGCAGGAAAUUAUUCAAAAUUACCCAAUGACACAGAAUUAUCUACCACCACUCCGGAAGAAAUUAUUGGAGUCAAUAUGCCAUCAUUUGAAAGUAAUUUUAGUGGAUUCAACACAACUUUUGAACCCUCUACGGAUGGCCCAAGUUUUGGAAGAGGCCAACCCAACACUGCUCUUUUUUGUUUGAUUCUUGCCUUAGGAACUUUCUUCAUAGCAUAUUACUUAAGACAAUUCAGAAACAGCAAAUUUUUGGGGAGAAAUGCUCGACGUGCUUUGGGUGAUUUUGGUGUGCCGAUUGCAAUUAUUACUAUGGUUACAUUAGAUUAUUUCACUCCAACGGUGUACACUGAAAAAUUAAGAGUGCCACAAGGUUUGUCACCAUCAAAGCCUUCUGUGAGGGGAUGGUUUGUUUCUCCAUCGAGUCCUAACGUAGAAAUGUGGGUGCCUUUUGCUGCAUGUGCACCUGCUAUUCUUGUUUACAUCCUUCUUUUCAUGGAAACUCACAUUUGCGAAUUAAUUAUUGAUAAAAAAGAUCGAAAACUAAAGAAAGGAUCUGGUUUUCAUUUAGAUAUUGUUCUAAUUUGUUUUUUGAAUGUGGGUAUGGGGUUCAUGGGGGCACCAUGGGUGUGUGCUGCAACUGUUCGGUCCAUUGCUCAUGUCUCUGCUGUUACUGUGAUGUCUCGCACUCAUGCUCCCGGUGAUAAACCUCAUAUUAUAGAUGUUAAAGAGCAACGUUUAAGUUCCUUAAUUGUAGCUGUUUUUGUGGGUAUAUCAGUAUCAAUGGCUCCACUUUUACGACUGGUUCCCAUAUCUGUUCUCUUUGGAGUAUUCUUGUAUAUGGGUGUUUCGUCUACCAAUGGAAUUCAGUUCUUUGAACGCCUUCAGUUAAUAUUUAUGCCUGUGAAGCACCAUCCUCAAGCUUCAUAUGUCAGAAGAGUGCACUCAAUGAAGAUGCAUCUUUUCACAUUCAUUCAACUUUUCUGUUUGGCCGUACUUUGGGUUGUAAAGUCAACGGAAGCUGCUUUGGCUUUCCCAUUUUUCCUUAUUCUUAUGGUUCCCUUAAGAGCCCAGUUAAGAUUUUUAUUCACUCCAUCAGAAUUACGGGCUUUGGAUAGUGAAGAAGCUGAUGGUGAUGAAGAUGAACCAGACUUCUACACUGAAGCUCCUAUGCCUGGUUAAAUUACUUCUUCGAGAAUCAGGAGUGCCUCUUCUGUAACACCACGUGCUUCAUGCAACAACACGCCAUCCCUUGUUUUGAAAUAAUGUCACUCAAACACAAAAGUUUGGCAUUGGAAAUAUAUUGGGCAAUCAUAAACAAUAAGCAAUAUAUAAAGCUAUCUUACUGAUGAUGUUAUAUGUCAUACAUAUGUGAAAUAUAUUUAUCUGCAAACUAUAAAUCAAAAUAAUUAACUGGUCAGGACAUGCUUGUGUCCUAUAAUGUCACCAGAACAGAAUAGGUCAAAGGGUAUGUAGUUUAAUUUCUCAAGUGCCUUUUCAAACAAAUAGAAGUAGAUUACUUCAAUACACUUAACUUCUGUGCAUAUUCACAUUCUUUACCUAACUAAUAUACAUUUGUUUAGCUCUCCUAGGAAAAUUUCUCCCUAUUUGAGCUUCUCUCUUGAUUAUUGAUUUUGUGACAUAUGCUAUUAUAUUAGUGUUCCAAUUGGUAAAACGUAUACGGCAUGCCUGAGUAUCUGUCUCUGGUAGUUUCUUAUUGGAAGUGGUUGUUAAAAUUAUAGGCCUACAGAUCCACUCAUAAUUGUGAUUGCAUGUGGAUUGUAAAUCUCAUGCUCCAAAUGUUAUUGUAAGUUAACUUCCAAGUUUCAAAUCGUUAGUCUGUGAAAUUUUAAUAACGAACUAAUAGGUAGGUUCAAAUGAGACUGCAUUUCAUUGAUUUAAGAUUUUAGUUCUUGUGGGUACAUUAAGUACCCAUAUUAACUUUUUAACAUAAUAAUGGCAAGCGAUUGAUUUUAAUCAUAUUACUGGAUUCUUUAAAUACUUGCAAUACCUCAGGAGUGAAAGAGAAAAGUUUUACUUUAUAUUACAAAUGCAAUAAUUAACUACUACAUUUUUAUGUUUAUUGAUUGGUUUUUGGUUUUUUUGUUAAACUCCUAUAUUAGGAGACUUCUAUACAUUUAAGAGAAUAUAAUAAGUAAUAGGAAAGUCACUGAAUGAAAACAGCAGUGUUUUAUUUUAAUAAUUAAUUUGCACCUGUAUAGUAGGGAAUCAUGUUAUAUUUAUUAUUCACGUGUUUAACCUUCAGAAGUAUUGCUAACGAGCUAAAUUAACCGUUACUUUAAUAAGAACAAUAUAAAUACAAAAUAGAUUAACUAGAUCUCUAUGAAAUCAUAAUACAUCAAUUUAUGACCAAUUUGAAUCAGACAUAGUCUGAUUAAUAAUUGGUCAUUAAUUUAUGUAUUAAGUACAAUAUUGAUUGUAUUGUUUGUUUAUUGUUAUUCAAAAUGAAGUUUGCUUUGUCUCUGAAUAGUAUAAUUGCGAUCUCUAUUUCAAUACACUUUAGUUCAUAUUGUGACCUUUUUGAUUACUAUAGGUGACUGAUAAUUAUUUGUUUUGUUUUGAGUUUAUGACAAUAUUCUAUAUAUAUAUAUGUGGGUACAAACACCAAACUAUAGGUAAACCAAUAAGUUCACUGGUUUCUAAAUUAUUUUCAUGCUCAUUUAAUGUUGUCCCAGUGAAUAUCAGUGAACUUAAUUGUUUACUUUCAUCAUUGUUGGUAAGAAUACUAAAUUUGUUUUCUCAUCAUUGUUAUGAAAUUUGAUGAGAUAGUGUGUAAUUUGUAUGUAUUGUUGGAAUAAUAAUGUCUAUUCCACAAUAUUGUUUAUAAUAUAUAAUUUUAUGUUGACUAAUACUUUUAUUGAUAAAAAUGUUUUUAUUGCAGUGAUAUUUAUAUUCAAAGGAACACCAAUCAACAUGGUUCUAGAUAUUCCUAGUAGAUUAUCGAACAUGCCAUUUUUUAUAUUAAGAAGUAAUGUAUUCUUGGAGUAUUGUUUGCUUUUUCAGUUAAAUGGUUUAUGAAAAAAAUGUUGAGUAUGGUGACAAACUGUAGUGGAGCCCCAGUACAUAAUUAAAUGAAUGAGUGAAAGUGUAUAUAAUAUAUUUGUUAUCAGCUGAUUUUAGAAAGUUAGAGAAAAAUUACAAUUUUCUAGUACUAAUGAUCACACUGUGUGGAAGCCAUCAUUAUUUGUCCAAUUAGACAAGUUUAGUGAGCUUCUAUUUGGCUAGUGACCAUUCACGAAUUCUGAGUAGUGCUCACAACUAAUAAGUUAUUUUAGGAGUUUUCUCUAUGAAUUUCCAAGAGUUGAACUCCUCUUGGAGUUUUGUUCCCUUUUAUCCACUAUGAUGAACACCCACCUGAUGGGUUCUGGAAACAUUCUGGGCAUUAAGACACUUUCGAGUACAAUGGCAUCUAAUACAUCAUCUGCCCAUAGUAAUAUCUUUCUAUUGUAGAAUUCUCCCUUUAUUCCGUAGACGACUUUGAAAUUUAUGCUUUGGGACAUUGACCUUAUAAUGUACAAAUGAUUGGACUAAACAAUGCAGAAGAUUCCAUUGCUUACACUAAGGAGAAUUUUCCAAAAAUUUCCAAAAUAAUUAUAGAGUAUUUUCUGCUAAUGGUUAUUUUCUUUCAAGUAGAGAUUUUUAAUAUUUCAUCGGUGAAGGUUUUCUUAUUUGGAUUUAUAGGAGAGAAAUUUCUUUAACUUCCUGCGACAGUUUUUAGUCAUGUUAAUCAAUUUACUAUUGCAAACACAUUCAAAAAUAUAUCACAAUAGGAUGUCAUGGCAAAAUGAGCAGAUUAACAUCAAAUAAAUGUUGUGAGAAUAUAUAUUUGCAUUUAAUGAAUUUUCAGUGAUAUCGUAUUUGGUAAAUAGUCCUCUCUGCCAUAUUGGUUGGUAUAAUUUUAAAGCAGGUUGAAGAAAUUUUCUGAAAAUGUCUGAAAGAAAAAGAUUGCAAUAUGAAUUUGAAAAAGUUUUGGUAAACAGUGUGCAACAUACUUGACUUAAUUUAUAUUGAAAGCUUCAAGUGUGAAAUAUAGACAUAUUAAUUUGAAAUUGCAGAAUGCUGCAAUGAAAUAAAAAAUGAUUGGUAUUAGUGCUUCUUGCAUUAUGGAUGGUUGUGAUAAGAUAAAGUUGAGUCAGAAAUUAGGAUAGUGAUAGAUAUAAAUGUCUUAAGACUAAAAUGCCUAAGAAUAUAAACAAAUUAUUUAAUUUUGUGAAAUUCAUAAGUGCCCAAUAAAUAUUAUUAUCCCAGAGAUGUAAAUAUAUCUUGGUACAUCUUAUUUUCUGACUGCCAGUAUUUUCUCAGUAAAUGCUGUAAGGUUAAUUGAAUUGUAUAGAUAUAUAUGGUGAAAGGUAAGGGCCGAUUGUUCUCAGAAUACAUCAGAUGUUUGUUAUGUGGGUACCAAGUGCCUAACUGAAAAUUGUGGUGCUCGAUUCUGAGACUGUCAAAGCAAUGAUUGUUUUUCUAGAAGUUAUCUUGUUUCUCUAAUCUAUCAUUUUUAAAUGAAUUUUUCUUCUUCUUCACUUUGUCAUGUUAGCCAGUUUAGGUGAUGUAUUGAAUUCUAUAAAUUAUAACUAACAUUUGUAUAUUUUUUCCUUUCUAAUUUGCCCUGUGUGCAUUAAUAGAGUGAGGCAAAUAUUCAUUCUACUAUCUAAUUAUCUACACAUAACAGAAAGAAACUGUUUUUCAGAUAUUUUGAAAUAUUAUGUAAUAUUAUUUUGUAGCACCCCAAAGUUUGCUGGAAAUAUUUGAAUGCUGAAGAGACGAGAAUGAUGCAAAAAAGUUAUAAUAGAAAAGUAAUAUCUAUGGUUGUAGAUGGUUGCCGUUUUAUUAUGAAGAAUGAUAUCAAUGUACAUAUGAAAUAAAGAGUUAUUUUAUCUAAUAUGGAUUUGACAUCAAUAGUGAGACUGGGUUUAUAACAUAAAAAAGGGCUCUAGAUUAAAAUUUGCAAUUAAUAGAUAAUUGUUGUAGUGUAUUAUUUACAAACUUUUUUCUUUAUUUUCAAGAGAUUCUGGUGAAGUUGCUUUGCUCUGACAGUCUCAUACAAGUAAUAGUCUAAGGUAUUUUAUUUAAGAUUGAUUAAAAUUAUGUCUCUUGUUUUUCAUCACUUCCCUGUAUCUAUCUUUAUUGACUGGUAGUGUUUUGAUGCUAACUGAGAAACAUACUUAGAAGAGAAACCAGCAACUUAUGUUCAUGGAAAGUAGUAUCUCAAUUUCAAAAUCUGGAAAAUUAAGCAAUGUGGCCAGCCGUUUUGUGAAUCUGCCUGAAAUACUACUAAUGUAUUAUAUACAUUUAAUAACUUGUAGUAUCAUUAUACUAGUUAUAUUACAUUCCAAGUAGGGUUGAGGGACUCUUCCAUUACACUGUAACUCUGAAGUUUUACAGAUAAUUGAUUUAAACUAAUUUAUAAAAAAAUUACCUGAACUUGAAUAAUGAAAAUCAAUUUUGUGUAAUGUUUUGUGUUCCUGUUUGUUAUUUCAAUGUAAAAGGCUUUUAUACCUAUUCACUAUGUUCCAAUGCAUGGUCACUUUUUCAACCUAGAAAUUGUGGAAUUACCUUUGAAAAUCUCUAGAGGAAUUUAAGAAACUGUAGACAAUAUAUUAUAAUUUCAAUAUUUAUUGAGUAGUGAAAUCUGAUCAUUGCAGUAUUGAGAAAUUUGUCAUUCACAAGACUUCAUAGACUAACAUUGUAAAAAUUACAGUUUAAUUUUUGUAAAAUUAAUUCAGUAAUGGUUAAAUUAACAUUUCUAUUAGUUAUCUGUCUUAGUUGCUUCCAACUUUUACUAGUUACAGUAACAUUAUUUCUUGUGAAAUUCCAUGUAAGUGUGUUAUUGUAUUAUUUUAGAAGGGAUAACCUUCAAGAUAUUGUUUAUUUGCAAAAAGAAAAAUGGUUAAAAUAUGUUUGUACUAUGACUGAAUCCAAAUGCAAAUAUGACACAAAAAUUCAUUGGCAUUAGUUUAAAUGAUUUCGAUAUCAUUAUUAUAAUUUUCGACACUCAUUCAUAAACUGUACUCUGUUUAUUUAAAUUACAAACAUAAUAAAGUGGAAGUGUUGAAUAUUUUAUUUUGUAUUUAUUUUUCUUAUGUUAUAUUUUAUCAGAUAUACAACAUUGUGAAAUACAUUGUCUUUAACUCAAUUAGACCUUUUAUAAAAGUUUAGAAACUGGUUGGUCACAUUUCUUUACAAUCCUAUAAAUUCCAAAUAAAAUUUCAUGUUUUUUUAGUGCACAGAAAUGGAUUUUUAAAUGAAAUGAAUCUUGUCUUCUAUUCUUAAAAGAAAAAAAAAUAUUUUCCUUGAACUUUUUUAGGAAGUUUAUAUUUCAUGUCUAAGCAUUAAUUAAAAAUUAAAAUCGAAUGUUAUAUAGUAAGCCAAUGUGCUUUAAAUUCCCUUAGCUCCCCUCUACCAUUAUUGAAGGAUUGGUAUGGUUACUGUUUCUUACAUUGACUUUUGACAGUAAAAUGUUACUGCUCAUAUGUGAAUUUGGACUAGCAAUAAUUUCCAUUCCUCCCCAAAUUUUUGUUUGUGGAAUAUAAAGAAUAUGAUGAAAAUAUUGUACAGGGACAGAUGCUAAAAAGUUUUACAUAAUUAUUAAAUAUCUUAUUUGCAAUUAUAGAGCAAUUAGUUUUCAUCAUAAGCAUUUACUAUUUUUGUAUGUUAAAGUACACUACACAUUUCUGGUUUUCUAUAUUCUUGUUAUUUUUCAGUAGAUUGUUCUUUGUAAUUUAGGGAAGUUAUUCUACACAUGUAUGUAAUUCCCUGAAAUAAUAUUUUAUAAAAUAAAUUAUUUGUUUAUCUGUGUUGUAGCAGAAAAGUACAAAUUCAGAAGUUCUUAUUAAAAAAUUUAAUUGAAGCUGCAACACAAAUAACAAAAUUAAUAUAGAGUUGAAUUAUGAAGUAAAAUUUAGUGGUUAUUUUAGUAGUUUGAGAAAAUCACAUCAUUGAUUUCUAAUAUCUAAAGAAAUACAGUAUGUACAUGUCAUAUUUUUGCUAUUAACUUUUAAUAGUGUUCCUUGUAACAUAGAAUUUCAUUAUUAAUUGUUUCUCAUAUAUGUAGAAUAUAUUUUAAAAUUGUAUUAUAUCUUAAUGAGUGAAGUUUAAUUUUGCUUAUUUAUUUAUGGCCUUAAUUUUUAACAAAUAUUCAAUCAAAAAUUACAAAGUUUUUUAAAAGGUCAAGUUUAUAUACAUCUUUGCACUUUACAUAUUGUAUUCUGUGUAUGAAAUGUCGACCAAAUGAUUUGAUGAUUGACACUUAGUAACUACAAACUUUUUACAAAUUAAAAUUAUAUAAACUUCAUUGAAAAGAUUCUCAAUAUUUGAAUUUUGUCUCCUUGUGCACACAAAUCUCAUGUGAUAUUAAUUUUUCAGGUCUCUGACCGUAAUGUAGUUAUGAAUGUGAAUAGUGAUUUAUCAACUUUUGAAUGUACAGUACAGCAAUAGGAGUUAACUUGUUAUAUUCUUAUAAGGAUAGAAUAUUGCACAAUUAUAUUGGAAUUAGAACACACUCAUAAGUAUAUCAAAUAGAGUAAUUACACAGAUUCUCUUAUCAGUAAAUUCGACAUAAUUUCUUCAUUUAAUAAUGUAGCUUGCUUAUUCACAUAAAUUUUUAUACAUUUAUCUGUUUAACACUCUCUUCAUUAUCUGUGAUUACAAUAAUGGCAAUGAUUUCCAAAAUGUGAGGAGAAAAAUGUUUUGAAAUAUUUUUCUCUUGGUAGUUUUUAAAUAAGGAUUCUAAUUCUAGGAAUUUGUAGUAUAACUUCGAACAUUUUUCAAUUUCUUUUUUGAUGAUUUUGACCAGCUUCAGCUACUGAUAGUGUAUUAUGUUAGUCAUUAUCAUGUUAUGUAAGUCAUUGCCAUGCGGAUUGCCAUUAGACCAUAAAGAGACAGUAUUAAAGAAAAGAAGGCUAGUGGCCUAAGGGCCAUGUAAAAGUAGUACUAUUUCAAGAUUGAUGGAAGAUUGAACUCUCUAUUCAUGGUAUGUUUGAAAUUUAACUUCUUUGAGAGUACUACACAAAUAUGUGUAAUUAUUUUUUGCCCUGUGUACAAAGUACUUUGUAAUUCAUAUAUAAAUAAAUUGUAAUCUUAAAAUGGCCCUUCCUAAUAGGCUUGUGUAGGUGCUAAAGGUUUAUGUACGGAAGAAAAACUGAAUGAGAUUUUUCUGCUUUGUGGGAAAAUGUAGACUGCAGAUAUAUUUUUAUGCUUUAUCUAUAUUAGAUCCCUCAGAGUACUCCAUGUGCAGUUCUAUUUUUCAGUGAUGAAAAUAUGUACCAUAAAAUAAAAUGCAUAUAAUCCAACAUGUCCAUUGAUUGUGAUUGUCUUUGUUCCAAUGAGUAUAGUUAUAUAUAAUCCAUCCAAUAACUUCAAUAAAUACAAAUUUUAAAGUUUUAAAUAAUACCUUUGCCCUUCCGUAGACUUGAAACUUGAAACAGUAUUAAACAGUAAUAAUGAUUCUUAAAAAAGAAAUAUUUCAUAUAUUUAUCUAAAAUGUUUAUACCUCAGAUGGGCUUAACAUGUUUUUGUAUUAUUUAAUAAAUUGUUUUGGUAUUCAAUUUAAGUAUCAAUAACUUCUAUUGUAAUCAUGUGGGUCUUUCCUCCUUUAAAUGAACGGUGAAUCAUGCAGCAUUUCAGUUUAUUGAAAUUUCCCCCUUCUUUUGUUUUGUUAGUGUCAUUAAACUAAUUUUUAAAUAAAUGUAAAUUUAAAAAUGAAAAUUUUUGACAUUACCUUUAAACUGAAACUGUUAUAACAUAAACUGUAUAAGUAUUAAAAAGAAUCUUUACCUGUAAAUCUAUCCUGAUUUUGACAUUUAAUUGUUAAUUUUUAAGAAAAUAUCUUGUGUGAAAUGCUAAUAUAUUGUUUCUUUUUCUCAAAAAUAGAUAAGUAUGCAUUACACAUAGUGUUUCAGAAAAAGUGUACAAACGCAAAGGGCUGGUGGAGGGACUAGGGAAGAAGUUUUCAUCAAUGAACCUUGGCAUCUAAGAGGUUGGCACUUGGUGGUAGACUGUGCCAGAUCAUGUGGAUGUCUGUCAUGAGAACGGAAUACCUAUGUGCACUGAAGUCAUGUGGGAAGCUGCCAUUCCCAGCUGAGAGGGGCAAGAUAGAAUUGUAAGUGAAAACUAUGCAGUGGAGGUCACCAAAGGGCUUUGUGGAUCAAAUUUUUGAUGAAAUGGGUGCUAGAAGCGCUGAAAAAUGACUCGAUUUCAGCAUUACACUUUUUUGUUCAAUUCAAUUCUAUACUCGGUUAUUCUGAUUUAUCACAGCACAGGGUAAUGCUGAAAUCAAGUUUCAUUUUACACCUCUGUGCCUUUGUCGUCUAAAUAUGUGACAAUUACAGUGAUAUUUUUUCAGUACUAUGUUCUUCUAAGUGCUCUCAGUGUGAACCAGUGGCUGCCUGUAUAACAUGAGUGUGCAUUGGUAUUCUAACAUUACAGAUAACUUUUUUUGACAUAGCCUAUCACCAAGCUUCAGCAUCUCAGACUCAAGACUCAUUGAUGAAAGCUGCUUCCCUUGACUCCCUCUAUUUACUGCGUUUGUACACUUUUUUUUUCUGAAAUACCCUGUAUACAUAACAGGAAAGAAAUUGUGUGAUAAUUAUUAAUUUCAUGAAAUAGGUAAGUGUUUUUAUUUACAUCAUUCUUCCAUUCCAGUAAUAUAGAGGCAUGUAGAUUUUUUUAUUGCUGAUUAAUAACGUUUAGUAAGUUGGUUUUAAGAAUGAUACACGGGUAUCCAUUUUCAUAGUGUUUUUAACAUAUGUGCAUCUGUCCCAUCAAAUUGGAAUUAAUUCACAACACAGCUAACAAGUUAGUAUUAUUUCAUUUAGGUCAUAGUUUCAAACUAAAAUUUGUGAGUUAUGAUAUGAUGCAAUGAAAUUCCUCUCUCAAAAUUGUUUAAUGCUAAUUAAAUGUUUCAAGCAAGUAAUUAAUCUUUCAUUGGAUGGAUUUCUAUAUUUUCUUUUGAGAGUAAUAUUUUCAAAAACAAAAAUUAAAUGUCAAUUGUAUUUGUUAGAGAAAUAGAAUAUUGUCACACAAUGACUCUUCUCAAGUGAAUAUUCUAAUGUAGAUAGGAUUCUGAAUUCACAUAUUAAAUUGAAUGCUGAAUUCUAUAAUUUUCAAAAAUAUGUAUUAUCUUGAACCUCAUUAUAUUUGCAAGCAAUUGUAUGUUUUCUGUAACAGUUUAUGUUCAAUUAACUGUUUAUCUUGAAAUUGGCUCAUGUGAACAAAGAGCAUGUUUCCAUGUUUAGCCAACGUAUAUAUGUUUAGACAAAUGUAUUUUGGGGAGUUAUUUGUGAUAAAAUGUUCUGGUAGCUUACAUUUGACACAACAGCUGUAAUGAAAUACUACAUUUGAAAGUAAUGUUUGUUUAUUAUAAUUAUAUUCCUAGAUAUUUAAAAUUGGGUUACAAAGUGAAACACACAACUUGGGCUUUUAAAUGCCAGAAACUUGUGAAAUAAUAGCAAGUAUUUCUUUAAGAGGCUAUAACGUAGAAUUUUGGUAGUUGUAAUGUAUUUUUUCUUAUCUUUAGUUUUUGGUUUUAUUUUAUAAAUUUUCUUGUUAUUUUUGUGGAUAGAGAUAAAAAAAUUGUUUAUCUGCAAAUAAAAGUUUUGUUACAUUCUGUAGUUAUAACAUUUUGAGUAUUGUAUGUUCCUCUAUAUUAAUUUGUUUAGAGUUUAUGCUUUAUAACAUGUUAGAGAAAUAGUUUCAUUUUAAUUAGAGAUAUAUUAGUAAAUCUCAAAGUUUGAAGUACAAAUCAAUUCUAAGUAUUUCAUGAGAAUAUCAGUAUUCAAGAAUGGCAUGCAGAUUUAUUUAUUGGAUGUUUUGGUUAUUUAGUAUAUAAAUAUGCUUGAGAAUACCCAUUGGGAAAUUAUGUGUUUGUGUUUUGUUAACAUAUUUUUCUAAAGUGUGUAAAAAAAAAAAGUUGUAUUGCGCAUGCAGAAAAAACUGGAGAGUGUCUCCCCACUCUGUUUUCUGAUCCUGUUAGUUUGACUGCCAAAAUUUGUAAUAAAAUGUAUUAAAUGAGAUACUUGUGAGUAAUUACUCCACAAGGUGUUUGUAACAGAGUAUGAAUAAAUUAUUUUUAAAUUUG